GCACAUCUCUUCCCAGCAAUCCUGUUUCCUAUAUAUUCUUGAAGGCAUUCUCAACUACCUCUUGCACAAUCCGGACUCAAUCACUCAGUCAUCAUCGCAGCCUGUAUCAUCCUUUCGUGCCGAGCCAUGUCCCAGACCUUUACCCGUGCCGAGGUUGCGCAGCACAACACCGAAGACUCGGUUUGGUGCAUCAUUGACCACCGUGUCUAUGACCUUACCGACUUCCUCGACGCUCACCCUGGUGGUAGCGUUGUUCUGACUCAGAUUGCCGGCCAGGAUGCCACCACGGACUUUUACAACCUCCAUCGCCAAGAGGUGCUAGACCGGUACAGCCGUCUCUGCAUCGGCACGGUAGCUGGUGAGACACCAGAAAUCGUGACUCCCGAGCCAGGCAGCCUGAGCCAAGUCCCCUACGCCGAGCCUCUGUGGCUCCGCCCUGCCUUCAAGAGCCCCUACUACAACGACAGCCAUCGGCGACUACAAAGGGCGCUGCGCGAGUUCACAGAUCGAUACGUCACGCCAGAAGCCCACGAAAAGGAGCGGGACGGUACAUACAUCAGCCAGGAGUUGAUUGAUCGGAUGGCGGAGACCAAUAUUCUAGCGAUGCGGUUGGGGCCGGGCAAGCAUCUGCACGGACGGAAGCUGCUCGGUGGCGUUGUCGAUGGCAAGGAAUUCGACUAUCUGCAUGAUUUGAUCGUUUCGCAGGAGUUGGUGAGAGCCAAUGCCCGAGGCUUCCAGGACGGAAACAUGGCAGGCAUGGCUAUCAGUUUGACCGCUGUCCAGCAAUGGCUGCGCAACGAACCUCUUCGUCAGCAGAUUACAGACGAGGUCCUGUCAGGCAAAAAGAAAAUGUGUCUUGCCAUCACGGAGGCCUUUGCGGGCAGUGAUGUAGCUGGUCUACGUACCACCGCCCAGAAGACCCCUGAUGGGAAGUACUACAUUGUGAACGGAACCAAGAAAUGGAUUACAAACGGCAUGUUCUCAGAUUAUUUCGUCACCGGCUGUCGGACAGAGAAAGGCUUCUCGGUGCUGCUGAUUCCUCGCGGAGAGGGCGUCGAGACGAAGCAGAUCAAAACCUCCUACUCCACGGCGGCUGCAACAGCAUUUGUGCAAUUUGAGAACGUCAAGGUGCCAGUGAGCAACCUUUUGGGUGAAGAGCACAAGGGCUUCAUCGUGAUCAUGAGCAACUUUAACCACGAGCGCUUCAUGAUGGCCAGCAGUGUGAUCCGCAUGUGCACGAGCGUCGUCGAGGAGUGUCUGAAAUGGUGCAACCAGCGCAUCGUCUUCGGUAAGAAGCUGAUUGAGCAGCCAGUGAUGCGGCAAAAACUCGCUCGCAUGAUCUCUCUCUGCGAAUCCAACCAGGCCUGGCUCGAGUCCAUCGCGUACCAGAUGUGCAACAUGAGCUAUGCGGAGCAGUCCGCUCACCUGGGCGGUCCCAUCGGCCUGCUUAAAUCCCAUGCCACGCGGUCAGCUCAGGAGAUUGCCGACCAGGCCACAAACAUCUUCGGCGGGCGCGGCCUGACGCAGACCGGCAUGGGCAAGGUGAUUGAAAUGUUCCACCGGACGUAUAAGUUCGAUGCUAUUCUUGGCGGUACGGAGGAGAUUCUGGCUGAUCUGGGAGUGCGGCAAGCGAUGAAGAAGUUCCCCAAAGCCAUGCUAUGAUGGCCGUCAGGAUUCGGCUUGAAUGCAGGCAUUCUCGAACUUCAGCGCCAGGCGCGCACCAGCCCUUAGAAGAUGCAUAUAUGUACUAUUUUUGAAUAUAUGAAUAGGC